GACAUGGAUUCCAGCGUCGGCUCAUCUAUCCCACCACACCCACUCGGCAUCAAACCCUUGGGAAACAAGUAUUUCGCCGGCGGCAACGAUGCACGCAAGUCUCUCGGCGUGCUCCAGUUGCUGCCGGACGAAGUUCUCAUGCAGCUCCUUGAGUGCCUGGAUGCCACAAGCCUCGGAUUGUUGAGUGCCACAUGCAAGUUUCUUUUCGCCUGCUGCACGGCUGACGACAUCUGGAAGUCCAUCUUUUUCACGACAGAAUGUGGCCGUGCGUCCUCCUUCGAGUGGCGGGGUUCCUGGAGAGCAACGGUUCUCGGGCUCUCUCCUGAACGCAAGAUUCGGGUGGACUGUAGCAAUGUCUUCUCGGAUGUGCUGCAUCGGCCGUUCGUCUGCAGUCACAUCUCGCCCCGCCAGUAUGCCCAGAACAUCCCAGCGGCCAACAAGAUUGCUCGCUUCCCCAAUCUCUCGUAUGAGGAGUUUGCGGACCAUUGGAGCAAGAAGCCGUUCAUCCUCACCGAGUGCAUCCAGUCUUGGCCAGUCACCAAGUCCUGGAACCUGGAGAGUCUUCUUUCGCAGUAUGCAGAGGUGGUCUUCCGAGCAGAGGCAGUGGACUGGUCAUUUGCAACCUACUAUCAGUACCUGCGCAACAACCGGGACGAGAGCCCCCUCUACCUGUUCGACCGGAAGUUUGUCGAGAAAAUGUCGCUGAAAGUCGGCAAAGGAGAGGGAGCUGCAUAUUGGAAUCCUGACUGCUUCGGGCCGGACUUGUUUGAGCUCCUUGGGGCGGAGCGUCCGGCACACCGGUGGCUCAUCAUCGGCCCCGAGCGCAGCGGAUCUACCUUCCACAAGGACCCCAACGCGACGAGCGCCUGGAACGCCGUGAUCCAAGGCGCUAAGUACUGGAUCAUGUUCCCGCCGUCGGCGUCGGUACCGGGGGUGUUCGUGUCUCGGGACAGCAGCGAGGUCACAAGCCCGCUCAGCAUUGCUGAGUGGCUUCUGGCGUUCCACGCAGAGGCCCGCAAGUUGCCAGAGUGCAGAGAAGGUGUCUGCAGGGCGGGCGAAAUCCUCCACGUCCCCAGCGGCUGGUGGCAUCUCGUGGUCAACCUGGAGGACGGGAUUGCGCUAACACAAAACUUUGUGCCCGAGUCCCACCUUGGCGGCGUUCUGUCGUUCCUGAGGGACAAGGCUGACCAGGUGUCUGGGUUUGACAAGUCCGUUCGGGAUCCGUACGGUCUCUUCGUCAACCGCCUGAGAGAAGCGUGCCCUGGUGUGCUUGAGCAGGGUUUGAGGCAGCUGGCAGAGAAAAAGAGGCGGUGGGACGCUGUGGUGGGCGAGGAAGACAGCUCCGAGGCUCGGCCGCAAAGGAAGAGCGCUGGCUUUAGCUUUGGGUUUGGGUUUGGUGACGAAGACGAGGAAGAGAUACCCUGACGUCUUACCGGUCUGUUCAGGGGUAGUGUACAUGCACCCACAAGAUAAAAUCCGCACU